UCAUUUCCAGACAUUGAAAGAAUUUCCUGAAGAAUUAAGAGGUGAUGUAUCAAUGCAUCUUCACCGAGAGAUUCUGCAACUUCCGAUAUUCGAAUCAGCCUCACAGGGGUGCCUGAAACUUCUCUCGCUUCAUAUCAGAACAAACUUCUGCGCUCCAGGCGAGUAUUUAAUCCACAAAGGAGAUGCGUUGAGUUAUAUUUACUAUAUUUGUAAUGGAUCCAUGGAGGUUGUGCAGAAUAACAUGGUAGUUGCUAUUUUGGGUAAGGGCGACUUAGUUGGCAGUGAUAUCAACAUGCACUUGCUACAACAAGUUUACGGAGCAUCGAAUGAAAAUCAACGAGGAGGCGGUUCAGCGGACAUGGUCAUUAAGUCGAGUAGUGAUGUGAGGGCUUUGACAUACUGCGACUUGAAGUGCAUCCACAUGCAAGGAUUAGUUGAAGUACUAAGGCUAUACCCAGAAUAUCAACAACAAUUUGCCAAUGACAUUCAACACGACUUAACGUUCAACGUGAGAGAAGGUUAUGAAGCUGAAACUGAAUCGGAUGGUAAUGGACUUCCAUCACUCACACUCCCCAGUAUCAGUGAGGAUGACGAGAACGUUAACGAAGAAGCACCGACAGCACUUUCAUCACCUAAUAAGUCACCAAUGCACGCCUUGAAUAAUAGUAGUCCAAGGCAAGGAAAAUUCAAUAUGAA